AUGAAUGAUGUAAAAUCAUUUCCUUCAAUUCCUGAUGAGAAUUUAUAUUCAUUGCUCUCAUUAUCAAACCCGAAAUCAGUCAAUAAUAACAACAUACCAUUAUCAAACUCAUCAUCACCUUUAAAUACUAGCAAUAAUGAAAAUACAAAUGGAAUUGGAUCUUUAUUAUCAUCAAAAAAGGACACAACAAUACAAUCAGAUCGAAAUACUGAUGAUCGUCAUUUGAUUAAUUAUUAUAACCCAUUAAAAACAGUGAUGCUUAAUAAUCAAAAUAACAAUAAUAACAAUAAUAACAAUAAUCACCCCAAUAACAAUUUAAUGAUGCAACAAAAUAGAGGACCUUAUUCACUUUUCCCUCUUUAUCAUAAUGACAAUAUCCCACUAUCAUUAUCGAACAGUUCGAACCUACCAUCGAAUACAAACAACCAUAAUCAAAUAAACAGUAAUAAUAUGAAUUUACAAUCGAACCAAUCAAAUGGAAAUAUUCUUCAAAACAGUUUAGAUUUAAUCAAUAACUCACAAGAGUUGGGUGAUAUUGGCGAUUAUAAUUUAAGCAAUUUACUAUAUGAUGAAAACUAUACAAAUAUUACAUCAUUAAUUUGUUGUAAGUGCAAUAAUAAGCAAAGUGUUGAAAAUAAGGUAUUUUUAAGUAAUAAUAUAAAUGUAAUACCAGGCCCAGAAGAUAAAAAUUAUGAAUUUAGAUGUUUUAAUUGUUCAAAAGGUCAAUUUUACUUUAGACAUUUAUUCAAGACAUGGAAAGAAAUGAUUCACACCUCUCUUUUUAAUUUAGAAAGAGAGAAAAAAUAUAGAUUUUCCCAUUAUCGUGAAAUAAUUAAAUAUGUUCAUAAACACUCAAAAGAGCUAUUAGCAGAUAGAGAAAAAGUUUUAAAUACCAAAAUGAAAAAUAUUAUGACUGCAACUUUGUCAUAUAAUAGAAAAAUAUUUAUUUCUUUUGCAAGAGAUUCUGGAAUGUGGUCUAACUAUAGAUCGGGUGAUAAUAUCGAAGAAGAUGAUAGAGGUUUAUUAACAUGGAAAGGAAAUGACCAAUGGGAAGGUUAUAUUGAUAAAGAUAGUACCCACACACUAACUUGCAAAGCCUGUUCCAAACCAAGUAAAUUCGAAAUGAGAGAGUUACAAGGUUCAAAUGUUUUACCUGGUCCAUUAGAUAGUAGAUUCGAAUUUUGUUGUGAAAAUUGCACAAUUGGAAAAAAACCUACUUUAAAACACCUUUCAAAAUCAUGGAAAGAAGUUGCACAUACAGCCCUCUUUAAUCUUGAAAUUAUAAAAAAAUAUCGUUUUUCCCAUCAAAUUGAAAUUGCAUCAUAUGUUAAAUCUCAUCAAGACUCUUUUGCAUUUAAUAGAGAAAUGGAUAAUAUUAAAAACAGAUUAAGCACUGUUUUAUCAAGAUAUAAAAAAGCAUUUACUUCAAUUGGAAGAUACACUGGUAUGUGGAGUAACUGGAGAGAUGGAGAUGAAAAUUUACAAGAAUUACAAGAUAUUGAAGAUGAUGAUGAAGAAGAAUCAAAUGAAUUUGAUGGUGUAGAUCCAGAUGAUUUUGAAAAAAAUAAAUCAUCAAUGAAUGGUAAAAACUCUAAGCUAACCUCUAAAAAAAAUAAGAAAAAUAAGAAUAAAAACAAAUCAACCUCAUCCUCAUCGACAUCUUCGACACCAUCCUCCACAAAAACUAUAAAAAGCUGUAGCACUUCGAAUAGUGGUGUCCCCAAAUCAACAUCAACAAAUUCUACUCCAACAAAAUUAAAAAUUAAUAAUCUUUCCUCUUCAACAACAUCAACCUCAUCACAUCAAAACAGCUCAUCUGCCUCAAAUUGCUCCUCAUUGGUCGGCUCUCCAGUACCAAAUGAAUUUUUUAACUCACCAAAGAAAACUCCAUUAAUACCAAAUUUAGUGAAUUCAAUAGAAAAUAAUAAUUUUAGUAUUUCAGAAAAUAUUUCAAACAAUAUGAAUAUUAAUAAUAACUCCAGCAAUAGCAAUAUACCAUCCCAUAAUGCCAAUAUGUUAAUUCAUAACCAACUACCACAAAAUUUAAUUCAACAAAAUUAUUUACAUUAUAAUAAUAAUAGCAAUAGUAACAAUACUCAAAAUAUUUCCCCCAAACUUUCACCAGAUUCAUCUACAACAACCCCAAUACUCAGUAACUCCCCAAAUUUUAAUUUUUAUUCAAAUGUUUAUUAUUCAAAUGCAACACCAAAUAAUCAACUUAACCAUAAUAUCUUUAAUGGCUCCUCAAUUGUACAUAAAAAUAAUACCGAAUGUUGCAUAUGUCAAAAAAAUAAACAACUACUCCAAAAAUGUAAAAACCAUAUUUGUAGCAAGUCAAUUUGUAAAGAAUGUAUUUCAAACAAUGUAAGUGGUAUAAUGACCAAACAACUUGGUAAUAAUAAUGAAAUAUUUUGUCUCGAUUGUAACAACUCAGUGACCGAUAAUAGCAAUUCAUUUAACUCAAAUCAACAAGUAUACGGAAAUAAUUAUAAUUCAAACUUCAAUUAUAUGUACUAUAAUAACAGUAACAACAACAACAACAGCAAUAGUAAUAAUAACAAUAGUAAUAAUAACAAUAGUAAUAAUACAAAUAGUAAUAAUACAUCAACACAUAACUCAUAUAUGAAUGAAAUAAACUAUAGCGUAAAUAGCUUGGGUGAACAUUCUUAUAUUGGUGAUUUGAUAAAAAGCGGUUUUAAACCCCAACCUCCAUUUAUUCCAUCAAUUCACCAACAAUAUUCCCAACAAAAUCAACAACAAUCAAUUUUAUUAAAUACUUUACACCAACAAAUUCAUAACCCCUUCCACCAAAUUAACCCAACCACACACCAAAACCAACAAAUACAACAACAAUCAAACAACAUACCAAAUAAUGGAUCAAAUAGUCCAAAUUCUAAACAAAAAAGAAAAAUUGCUAAUGAAAAAACCGAAAAUAACAAUAACAAGGUCGAAAAAAGAUCAAAAGGGUUUACUGACCAAACAACCACAUUCGAUUCACAACAAUUACAACAAACACCCCCACUAAAUAUGCUAUCAAUGAGUAUUCACUCAAGCCCACAACACCCAACCACUCCUUUACAUCAUUCACAACCACAUCAAUCAAUCCACUCAAGUCCUCUUCACCAUCAUACCAACAAUAGUCAUCAUAGUAGUCAUCACGGUGAUUUUUAUCAUUUAAGUCACUCAAGCCCUUCUCAUCACCACAACUCUAACCCUUUAAGUAGCCCCACCCAUCAUAGCAAUAACCAUUUAAGCAGUCCACCACCAUCACAAUAUUACUUUGAAGGAAUACCACACCCUUCACACCAAAGAAACCUAUUCUCUGCCCCACAAUUUUGCAGUAAUAAUCAACAGCCACAACAACCAUCCCAUUCACAUUUACCCUUUCAAAUCCCCACACCAAACUUUCCAUCCAGUUUAAUCACCUUACCCACUCUCUCCAGUAUUAAUAAUGAUUAUUCGAAUGAUCACCAUUCCCAUCACAGUAAUAGCGGCAACACUACUAAUAGUAGCACUAAUAGUAGCAAUAAUAACAAUGUUAAUAGUUUAGUACAAUCAUCUGGUAACUUACCACCACCACCACCACCAUCAAUUAAUUCUUUAACAAACCCAUUAAUUAAAAGUAUUUAA